AUGAAUUCUAUGAAUUCGUCUGACGAAGAAGUUAUUACGAGACGUCAACCGGUGAAAAUUAAACCACGCAUGCUACCAUCGAAGUCGCGACGCGCCAUUUCGAAUCCGGACAACGCAUCGAGCAUCCAAGAGUCGUCUUCUUCUCAGGAACCCUCUUCGGAAACUGCAAAAAUACCCAUAAUAUUAAACUGCUUUGAGGAUGAUGAGGAAGAUGUUUUUAAUGAGUGCCUUGAUCAAAACAGUGAUGCGUCAGAUGAAUUGGCUUCUUACUUUGGGAAAUCAAAGAAACAAAAACAAGAAGCAAAAAAAACGUUGAGUGAACCGAUCGAACGAGAAUUGACACCACCUCCGGAACUCAACAAAGUUCAAUUCAUGUCUACAAUGAACUCCUUACAUAAAACGCUCAGCCAAUAUUCGGAAGGCAUCCUUGCAAUGAAUUCAGUUGAUCUGAGUUUAUUGGAAUCGAAAACACCUCUGGAAAUAGAUUUAGAUCCCGAACUUCGCGCCAUUUCACAAAAUAUUGUACCUCAAGUUAAUCAAGAACGACGAACAACAUCCUAUAAAGUCGAAGUAUAUGUACGUGCUAUUCGUCACCCUUCAAUUACCAUCACCGAAGAAAAUCGUGCGAAAUAUGACGAGUUUGAGAAGCCAAUGAAAUUUAUAUUAAUGGCGAAUGAUACCUUUGAGCAACUGAUAAAUUAUUUUUGUCAAAAGAAAUCGGUUGCUAAAAAUGAUUUAGUCCUCAUAUACAAAAAUAUUAAAGUGUUCCCUCGAGGCACGCCCAUUAGUUUAGGAAUCACAAAAGAUGCGAUUAUGGAUGCAUUUACUAAGGACACAAAAGAAAAUGAAAUUGAAUUCGUUGGUUCGAGUAAUCCAAAUUAUCUGCAUCUGAAAUUGCAAAGUAAAGAUGAAUCGAUUGAAAAGCUUAGAGCUAGAAAGACAUCGACUAUUCAGGCUAUAAUCAACAGGUAUCGAACUCUUCGAAAUUUACCAGAGACUACUAUUGUGAUAUUAGAGUUUCAAGGAGAAAAUCUAGAUCCCAAUAUGCCCGUGGGAGAUACCGAAUUAGAAGAUGGUGAUAUGAUAACAGUCAAGAUCGAUUAA